UGUACAAACAUUCUAGAUCAAAUAUGCAGGCAUUGAACAUGGAACGAAAGUUCUUCUUAACCAAGGACGUUUUUCCCAGGUAUGCUAACACGUCAAAAAGCGCCGAACAACUGGACAAAAAAGGAACAUGUUUACGAUCCAUUUACCAUUCAGUUCCUGAUCCACCGUUGGACUUCAGUGCGAUCGGUAUUGCAAUAAAAAGUUGCCAUUUGAAUUCACUUUCGGCGGAUGAAUUGCAAUACAAGAAAACUUUUAAAAAAGAAGGCAGGUCGAAAACAGCACAGAACGGAGACCAAACAACCAAAGAAAAACGAAAAGGAUGUAUAAAUCCACAAAUUACCAUUACAACGUACGAUGACGUUCAACAUGGCAGCAUCGACCCAUUUAAAGACAUUACCGGCGACAUUCUCAUCAUAGUAGGAGACAAUCUGAAGGAAGCAGACAAAGCAUUAAGAUCCAUUAGAAGAAUAUUAGACAAAACUAUAAUCACCAUGAGUUGCUCUCGUGAACAAAUUGCCAUGACCAUUUGUACUACCUUGGAAACAUUUGUUUUGAGAAAGCUGAAAAGUCGAAUAACUGCAUUAAAGGUGCUUUAUGACCAGCUUAAACCGGUUAAACUUCAAAUUUACCAAGCGCAGGCGAAAACUAGGGAGCAAAUAAAUGGAGAAAAUGGCGUUAAAGUUGAAUCAAUCGUUCGCUCUAAACGACCAAUCGAUGGUGUUGACACACCAUCUUUCACAAGAUCAGGUAAGAAAUUUCGGGAAACAGAAUGUACCGGUUCGGGAAGUCUGAGUAUAAUUUCGGAUAAACAACAAUUCGAAAUGAUCAAGGAUACACUUCAUGAAGCACAUGCUUUGUACAGAAGGAGCGGAAUUUCUCAGGACGAGAGUCCUUUUGUAAAAGCUGAUGUACCCGUUCUCAGCGACAAGCUUGCAAAAUCUCUUUACAACAUCGACGACAGAAUUUACGGAUGCGGUUUCAGAAACUCAACACUUGAGGUAUUCAUAAACGUGUCGCAAUGUGUUAUGAGUGACAAGGCAUACGAGCAAUUGUGUCUGAAGAUCGAAGCUGCUGCGAAGGAGUUUGAUAUUUUCGAAACUGAAAUAAAGGUUGGACGAUAUGAACAGCUCAACUAUUCUUCCUGUCAAAUUGGCACUAGAAUCAAGAACGAUCGUGGGCGUUUUGCGACACUUGGAGGUUUUGCAACAAAGCAAGGAGAAUUGCAUGCUCUACUCGCUAGACACUUUGCCGACCCUGAACACGUUAAGUCAAUAUAUUACAUUGACUCGCAAGGGAGGAGUAGAAUACUUGCAAGCGUGUUGCCUGGUUCCCAUCGUGGUUUCUAUGAUAUUUCUGCUGCCAAGGUGUUGCGACAUAUAUCGAAUACAAUGUUUCGGAAUAUCGAAGGUCAGCCAAUGAAUAGCUCGUUAAUGGACAUUUCAACAGUCAAUCCCAGAGAUCUAUCUGAACGGCAUGUUCAUUUCUGGACAAACGAACAACAACCGAGAGUAGGAAAAAUUGUAAUCCCCGUCUUCGAUGAAAGGUCUUCAGACACUCGGUAUGUUCUCGUCAAAGAAAUACUGGAGGUUAAUGACGAACACAAUGAGUUAAGACCUCUUAGAUUAUGCGAAAAUGGUCAUAGUGGAGCUAUCUUCUGUUCUAACGACAUCGACGGGCAAUGUGUACAUGUCUGUACAAUGCUCAUGGGAUCCAUCAAUAGCGGAGACAUGGCGAACAAUCUAAAUGUGCAGGGCGAGUAUUUAUCGUUUCCGCUUUGCCUUGGAAUGAAACAGUUAAAUGAAGAGCAUGAUGGACCUUUUCACAUUUGCUGAAAUAGAGUGAGUUCAAGACAUCAAGCAUACGAUCUCAAAAUUAUAAAGAAAAGCAUAGAGCAUAUUACAAUGAUUUCGUUGACAAGGCAAUGUAUAAGAAAAUCGUUGUUUAUCUAUGUUACAUUAGCGGUCAAGGAUGUUUGAGAUAAUGAUUAUUUGAGGCGUUGUGCCUUGUUGCAUGAUUGUUGGGCUUUGAAUUAUUUUGUUUGAGUUGUAUCAUUGAUGUAAUUUUGGACAACAAAACAGAACGUAGGAACCUGUAUCAAAUUGUGUCUGCCAUCUAUUUUGUAUUGAUAAUGGACGCUGUGAAUGCCGAAAUUUAAAGUGUUAUAGAGAAAGGUUUAACAUGCACUGCUUAGUGUAAAGGAUUGUGUUGAUUUAUGAAAUUAUUAAACAUUGAAUCAUUUCACAUACAUUUUGUGUAUAUAUGUCUUUUCAAUAAAUGCCUGUUUGAAAA